CAGUGUGGAAAGAAAGAGCUUGCAUGUUCCUUCCGCUGAAUUGUUUGUUGUGGUCACGUGAGAGGAAACUCACUGGAAAACUUACUACUGAACGCGUCGUGUCAAAACACAUCUACAAUGAAAUAUCAUCAGUGGGAAUGACCAGUGAUGCGAAAGCGAAACGCUAAAGAAGACAAUGACAGCUCGUUUACGGGUACACUACUGGACGGCUCCGAUCUAAAGCAGUGCCACAAAAAGACAGACGCUGCUUCUGAUCCAGGAGGAACAGCGAUGGGAAGACGCUGCAGAAGGGGUGGUCUGAUGUGGAGGCUGAGGAGGAUACUGAUCUGGGUGCUGGGAAUCUACAUCGCCAUUCCUGUUAUUAUAAAACUCUGUCCAUCAAUACAAGCAAAAUUAGUAUUUUUAAACUUUGUGCGAGUGCCGUAUUUUAUAGAUCUGAAGAGACCACAGGAUCAGGGUUUGAAUCACACUCACAACUUCUACCUGCAGCCAGAGGAGGGAAUCAACAUUGGAGUGUGGCACACAGUACCUGCAGCGAUGUGGAGGGAGGCUCAGGCAAAAGAUGCUGAAUGGUAUGAAAAAAGCUUCCAGUCUAGUCAUCCUGUCAUCCUGUAUCUCCAUGGCAAUGCUGGAACAAGAGGAGGGGAUCACAGAGUUCAGCUCUACAAGGUUCUUAGUUCAUUAGGCUACCAUGUAGUCACAUUCGAUUAUAGAGGUUGGGGUGACUCUGAGGGCAGCCCUUCAGAGAAAGGGAUGACGUCAGACGCCCUCUUCCUCUACCAGUGGAUAAAGCAGCGGAUUGGCCAGAAGCCCCUGCACAUCUGGGGUCAUUCACUCGGCACAGGAGUUGCCACUAACCUAGUGAGACGGCUGUGUGACAGGGGAACGCCCCCUGACUCGCUGAUUUUAGAGUCGCCCUUUACCAAUAUCAGAGAGGAAGCCAAGAGCCAUCCCUUCUCUAUGGUUUACAGAUAUCUACCAGGCUUUGACUGGUUCUUCCUGGAUUCUAUAACUGCAAACGAUAUUCGAUUUGCCAGUGAUGAGAAUGUCAAGCACAUAUCCUGUCCGGUUCUGAUCCUGCAUGCGGAAGAUGACACGGUCGUACCCUUCCAGCUGGGAAAAAAGCUGUAUGAUUUGGCGGCUCAGAGUAAGAGUCUGAACGGUCAUAAGGUUCAGUUCAUCCCGUUCCCCAGCUCUCUGGGAUACAGACACAAGUUCAUCUACAAGAGCCCACAGCUACCAAAUAUUCUCAGUGAUUUUCUCAGUGCGACGCUUCCUCACAUGUAGUCAAGAUCAGCAUUUCACCUGACUGUCCUCUCUCACACACUGUCAGUUAAACACACACACACACACACACACACACACACACAAUGUACACAAUCUGCACCGUGUACAUCAUGUGUAUAUGUGCACACAUGGGCAUGGAUUGAGAUGCACCAGUUCUUUUUGCAUUCCUUUGUUAACUCAAAACCUACGGAGGGAGAGAGUGACAGGACUGGGUGAUUUGUUUCACUGCCUCCUGUUGUCAUGGUAACAGAUCUGAAGGGGCAGCAGGAGCACAAAGUAUGCAAAAUAAAAUGCAAAUAUGCACUGAAAUUAAUGCUUAAGUCAACAAACCUCUUCAAAGUAAAGAAGUACAGAUGAAGUUUUAACGAUGGCACUGAGAAGACCACACAAGGAACAAGGUCAAAGGGACGAAGCAGGACAACAUGCUAUAUUGAUGUCACCAUCAGUGCUUGCUGACUGCGAUACACUGUUUUGUUUUGGGUUUUUUUUUACGAACAUACAGUAACAAUCUUAAUAUCAUGGACCUGAAAUCCACUCAAUGUGAACAGCGAGUUGUUUUAGGUUGAACUUGAAUUAUGUACAAUAAAAUGUCUUUUUUUUUUUCUUUCUUCCCAUUUAAAUAUUGUGUCUCCUGAAUGAUUUAAAGUUCAGAUUUUUGUGCUGCCUCGGCAUUAAAACUCUGUCUCUUUUUUUAUGGGAUGUAUUGUGUAUUGUUUAUGCUGUAGUGUUUGUUUGGUACAUAUGCAACUCAACUGCAAUCAGAACUGAAUGAGCUUUUGACAUGACAUGUCUCUCCCCAAAUCUACAAAUGUUUCAUUAUUUUCAUGCAUUUGGUUGAUCUAUACUAGUUUGCAUGCCUGUUACUGGAAAAAAAGAUUGUUGCACUGACAAAAGAGACAGAAAACUGUAUGCAAAAUCAUUUUCUUUUCUUUAUGUGGGUUAUAUAUUUUCUUUGGUCUUUAUACUCACUUUGCACAUUCCAAAAAAAAAAUAAUAAUAUAGAAAAAUAUUCAGUAAUUAUUUAUAAUAUGUUGGAUACUCAAAUCAAAAACCUUAGUGACAAAUCUUGAUAACUUUUUUUUAAAUUAAUAUUACAGUAAAAUUAGUGUCCUCCCCUUUAAUAUAGAGCCCCCUUUUGAUCAAUUUAAUGCUGCUUUGCUGACUUAACUUCUUUCAAAAGAAAAACUUUUGAACAGUAGUAUACAUUUUUACAUUUCUUGAAAAUAUGUUUUUCUAACAAGUCCUUUCUGACCCAAACUUCACCUUUAGAAUAUCUUCCAAAGUUUUAAAAUUAUGUUCACUAAUUUGGCUGAAUAUUUGUUGGUUUUAAUAUUGUGGAUGUAUAAGUAAAUGAGGCAAUACUCAAGUCAAGGACGCCAAAAUCCAUGACUAUAUGAAAUUGAGCAAUAAUGACACAUCUAUGAUUUGCUCUGACGUCUUCUCAUGUAUAUAUGAUGAAUAUAUUUUCUUGACAGGUGUGCACCGACCAUCUGAUAAUUCUUAUCUGCAAAUACGAAAAUCGAAAAAUGAAAAUCGAGAUCUGCUGUAUUGUUGCUCUGUGUCAGGUUAUAUUUGUCUGAGACUUUUUUGGGCUGACAAUGAUAGCAAGUUCAUGUGUGCAUGCAAGCUUCAAUCGUAGAUCUAGACAGCUCUCCUGUCUGAAUCGUCUCAAGGCUCCGUUUGUACACUGUCAACGUUAUUCUCAAAAAGAAAUCACAAUAUUUUUUGUUUUCUUCUGCCAGUGUGGGCUCAUGAUAGACUGAAACACAAAGGAAAAACAACCAAAAUCUCUUUGUUUGCAGGACUAUGUAGAAGACCCACCAGGUCCUAGAAAAGUGCAAUAAUCUUAUCUAAACCUGAAAGACAACCAUAUGUAAGACCAAAAACAAACUAUGUAUAUCUAAACAAAGCCGCUAAAAUACUAUAUUCUGUUGUGUUAGUGUAAAAAUGGACCACAGUAUGUCACAAGAUGUCACUGCUCUGAACACAGAUUUUAUUCUGCCAUCUUUGUUGAUGCUGACCAAACUUUGCAUAUUUGAUUCAACACUUCUAUUUUAAAAUUAUUUUUUGUAAUGAAAUAAAAUACUGCCCAGUUAUUGCGACAGCAACUGUUACUUUUUGCAGACUAUAUCAUGAGUGGUUUACAAUGUUUGUUUUCUUCUAAGCUGCUAAACCUUACUGGACACAUGCACAGAUGUAAGUACAGUAUGUUUGUUUGUAAACAAUAAAGGACUGGAAAAGAAA